UAGUUUUACCCCUUGGCUGACAAUGGCUCGCAAGAAGGCGACCCGCAAGAAGGUGACCCUCAACUACAUCCACAACAACUCGACCCGGCGCGCUAGUUUCAGGAAGCGUCUCAAUGGGCUGAUGAAGAAGGCAGCUGAGCUCGCCACCAUGUGCGGCGUCAAGACCUGCGUGGUGGUGUACGGCGAGGGCGAGGCGGAGCCUAAGGUGUUCCCUUCCCACGAUAAGGCGGUGGUUAUACUGAAUGAAUACAAGAGCAUGCCGGACCUAGGGCGUUGCAAGAAGACGAUGGACCAGGAGGCCUUCCUCACCAAGCGUAUCGCCAAGCUCCACGACAAGGUCGACAAGGCUCGCCGCGAGUGCCAGGACAGCGAGAUCAGGUACCUCCUUUAA